AUGAUUUUAACUAUAAUUUUUUUACCUUUAUUUAAUAGUUUAUUAUGCGGAUUUUUUGGUAGAUUUUUUGGUAAUAAAGGAGUUAAAUUGAUUUCUUUUUUUCUUAUUAUAAUUACACUUAUUAAUUCUUGAAUUAUUUUUUAUGAAAUUAAUUUUAAUACUACUUUUUUAUAUUAUAUAUUAUUAGACUGAUUUAAUUUAGGCUUAUUAAGUAACUCAUUUAAUUUAAAAUUUGAUUUAAUUACUACAAAUAUGCUAGUUUUAGUAAUUACUGUUUCAUUUUUUGUUCAUCUAUUUUCUUAUUCUUAUAUGGAAAACGACCCUCAUUUACCAAGAUUUAUAUCUUAUUUAUCCCUAUUUACCUUUUUUAUGAUAAUAUUAAUAUCAAGUUCUAAUUUGAUUCAACUUUUUAUAGGAUGAGAAGGGGUUGGAUUAUGUUCAUACUUAUUAAUUAAUUUUUGAUAUACCAGAAUUCAGGCUAAUAAAUCAGCAAUAAAAGCAAUGAUUAUAAACAAAUUAGGAGAUAUAGGGUUAUUAAUCGGAAUAAUAUAUUUAUGAAUAUUUACUGGGUCUUUUGAAUUUAACGAUAUAUUUAUAAUCUCCAUUACUAAUAAUUUUUAUACACUUUAUAUACCAUUAUUUUUUGUAUUAAUAGGUGUAAUAGGAAAAUCUGCUCAAUUAGGAUUUCACAUGUGAUUACCUGAUGCAAUGGAAGGGCCUACUCCAGUUUCAGCAUUAAUCCAUGCAGCUACAAUGGUUACAGCUGGGGUAUUUUUAAUUAUUAGAAUGUCACCUAUAUUUGAACUUUCAUCUACUGUAUUAAUUUUAAUAAUUAUUAUAGGAAGUUUGACUUCUUUUUUUUCAGCAACUAUAGGAAUGGUUCAAAACGAUUUAAAAAAAGUAAUAGCAUAUUCUACUUGUAGUCAAUUAGGUUAUAUGAUUAUGAUCUGUGGAUUUUCUUUUUAUGACUUAAGUUUAUUUCAUCUAAUAAACCAUGGGUUUUUUAAGGCAUUAUUAUUUCUCAGCGCAGGAUCUAUAAUUCAUGUUAUAAAUGAUGAACAAGAUAUGAGAAAGUAUGGUGCUUUAAAAAACUUUUUACCUUUAAUAUUCAUUUUUAUAAUCAUAGGAUCUAUAGCAUUAUUAGGAUUACCAUUUUUAUCAGGAUUUUAUUCUAAAGAUUUAAUUGUCGAAGUAGCAUUAUUUUCAAAUUUCUUAUCUUUUUCUGUUUGAAUUAGUAUUAGUGCUGUAUUUAUUACAGCCUUUUAUUCUUUAAGAUUAAUUUAUCUCACUUUUAUUAAUAACCCACAACAAAGUAUAAAUAAUUUUAACAAUAUUCAUGAAAGCGAUUAUAAAAUUAUUAUUUCAUUAAGUUUAUUAACAUUGUUUUCUAUUUUUUCUGGAUAUAUAUUCCAAUUUAUAAUUAUAAAAGAUAAUCUUCCUAAUAUGAUUUACAAUAUUAAUAAAUUAUUACCCCUUUUUCUUAGUAUACUAGGAAUUAUUACAGCUAUAAUAAUAUUUAAUAACCUAAAUAAAACUUGAAAUGUUAUCUUUACAACUUAUUAUAAAAAUAUUUAUUUAUUCUUAAUUAAUAAUUGAUAUUUUGACAUACUAAUUAAUUAUAUUCUUUCUAAAAAAAUAAGUCCUUUAGGGUAUAAAAUUACUUAUAAAUUUAUAGACAAUCAAAUUUUAGAAAGUCUAGGACCAUUUUAUUUUAAUAAAACUAUAGGUAUAAUUUCUAAUAAAUCUAGUAAAAUUUAUUUAAACUCUAUUUAUUCUUAUAUUUUAAUUACAUGUGUUUUUUUUGUUUUUUGUAUUCUAUUAAAUAUGAAUUAA